AACUAGCUAUUUAAUAAAUUAACAUUAAAAACAAGAGACUAAUAAAUUAAAAAGACAAACAUAAAUUAUCACAGUGUAGUUCAGGUACUUAUUUUAUUGCUAAUGCGUAGCUUACAAUGGUGUUGUCUCGAUCUUCUUGAGUGUUCAUCGUUCUUCUUAUUUUUUGUUGUAUGCGCAAGCUUUCAAGAGUAUACCUCGUCGUCAUUCUCUUCUCUUUGUCGAGUACUCUUACAUCAUCGAAAUUUGGUAUGUGGCCGCUAUCAAUUACAUGUUGUGAUAGCCCUGUUGAUGGUUUCUUCUUUUUUAUGUCCCCUUUGUGCUCCGUCAAUCUUAUACCCAGUUGUCUUUUUGUUGUUCCGAUGUAAGACAAAUUGCACGUCUCCCUUUCUGUCCCCCCGCAGCAAACCUCAUAGACAACGUUGUGUUGUUGGUUCUUCUCAAUCGGAGCUUUGGUGUUCGUGAAAAUGUUCCUGAGUGUGGCAUUUGUGGUAAAAGAUGGAAUAAAGUUUUUUAUUUGCAUUUAAAAUCAAUUGACCAAAACAGCCCGCAAUACCAAAUAUAAAUCUACGAAAAUGGUAUUAGUUUAGUUUUGAUUUAUUUUAUUUCUCUGCCAAAAUCUUCCAUUAUAUGGACAGGGCGCUAAUUAAGCUAGAGUCAACCUUGUAUGUAGUACAUUUUUUCCCAUACCUAUAUAAUGUUUUUAUGUUAUUGAUUCUAGGACAAUGAAUUUGAAGAUGGCCGAAUGAAUAUUCAGCAGCUUCGAAGUGGUAUUUUUGCAGGACGUUUAAGGAAAUAUCUCUUCAAAGAACACUUAGGACUAUUGGAACCUAAUGCUGAUCGCAUGUUAAUAGAUGUAAGUGACCCGGUUAUAGAUCAGUUCUAUAAUGGAAUCUGGAGGAGAACUUCUAAACGUAACACUGACAUAUACGAUACAGUUUUUAAAUGUGUGCCAAAUAACUUAGUUAAAUCUUUUUCGAGUUUUAAAAAGUAUAACGAACAGCCAGCUUUAUGCAAAACGGAUCCGGAAACGGCAACGGCUAUGGUUAAAAACAUUCAAGGGUUCCUGGUUGAUCUUCCCACAGAUUUUCUAUGUGAGGAAACCCUAACGCCCCCAAACACGAGCAGAGAAGGAAUUAUUCCAAAUGCAGUAUGGACAUAACAAUGACCCGAGUUAUCAAAACCGCCCUAUGAAAUCCACAGAUAAACACAAACGGACUCUUUAAAUAAAACAAUUUUGAUAACCUCUUUUUUAUAGUUGUCACAAUUUCUUCUAUU